UAUUCCCGCGAGUAAUUUGAUAAUUCGCUGAUGCUGCGAUAAGGCAGCGAGCGACUACUGAUUUUCUUAUCUUUAAGUCCACGUUGCGGCUUUCGACACAUCUGCUGAGCCAGCAAUAGGCAAAAAGAACACACGAGUUUGUCGCCCAAAAAUAUGGACGCUGCUGACCUUCUGGCCGGUCUGGACGACGGAGGGCUCGACGAACCCCUGUCGCCCGAGAAGAGUGGUGAGCUGAACGAGAUCCUGAAGAGAAUCAAGGAUCAAAUGGCCGGCAUGUCCGAGGACGAACGCGAACAGCUGCGAGGCGGCUUUAUGGAAAAUCUGGCCAAUAAGGUGCGGAUGGCGGCGGAGUCGGAGGCGCAAAGGGGCAUUGCCAGCCAGAACCAAGGACUGCUUCUCCUCGGCGCGCUCCUUGUGCUCUUUUCACUUUUUGGGCUGGUCGGCUACACGAUCUACCAAUACGUGAACAAGCAGGAAAACAAAAAGUCCACCAGAGUCAAAAGCAAGAAGCAACUAAAGCAGCAGAAGCAGCGCAAAGAGAAGUGAGAGACUGUGCGCAACAGGCGAAUAUAAUAAAAGGCACUAAAGUUCA